UCAAUCACGUCAAGGUCAAUUUUCAAGGGAAACAGACUUGAAACACGCAACAAUGCCAUGACAACAACGUAACAGGUUAGGUUGCCAAUAAGAAAUUGACGACUUGAUCCAAGGAUUCUUUGAAAAGCACACAGUGAACGUAUACAACUGAGUGAUUUGAUUCAAGGAAGAGAGAAGAUGCCUGAAAACGGGAAAGUUGGCAAUAUUGCUCUAGAGACGAAGAAUUCAAACGUCAUUAUUGGAGAUGGAAAUAUGAUAAACAUCUUCAAACAAAGAGAUAAUGCAAGCGAAGAUGAAAUUACUAUGCAGAUUUUGCCUGAAUUAUCAACCCUGCCUGGUCGACCUUUUCAUAAGUGCCAAGAGAGAAUUCAGGAUAUUGACAAAAUGUGGUCGCUCUUUGAAGAAAUGGAAGCUGAAAAUGAUAAAUGUUUGACACUUAUUUAUUUAACGGGACCACCUGGUGCGGGCAAGACGCAAUUGGCAAGACAGUUUGGACGCAAAUUUUUAGAUUAUAAUCCUCUAAACAAUUAUUUCCCGGUAGUGAUGACAAUCAAUGUUCAAUCAAUAAGAUCUUUAAUAAUAUCAAUAAAAGACCUUCUCGUUAAUUUGCAACAACCGAAUAUAGAAAUUAUCACUUCGAGCAGUGAACAAGUUAAAGUUGCACAAUUAUACAUGGAGGAGUUAAGAAAGAUUUUACUUCAAUAUCCUGGAAAAUGGCUUAUGAUCCUAGAUAACAUGUUUUCAAGCGAAAGUUUCAAUGAGAUAUUACCUUUGCCAGGUUGGGAAGAUUGGGGAAACGGCAAAAUCAUUAUAACAACACAAAAUAGCGAUAUAGCUUCAACAUGCUAUGAAUUCGCUCGAGUUUUCAACCUCAAUAAGGGACUAAAGGAAGAGGAUGCUGUGGAUCUUUUACAAAAAGUCAGUGGGGUGAAAGUUGACGAAUCUGCUUUAUGUUUAGCAAAAGAUCUGGAAUAUUUUCCAUUAUCAUUGGCAUGCGUAGCCACCUAUGUAAAGGAAAUGAUAUCAGAUCGUCCAUCGUAUAAUUUUUCUUGGAAAAACUUUGUUCAAUAUUACAAUGAAAAUAAAGGAAAGCUCACGUACCGAUCGUUCACAGAAAACAAUGUUUAUCCACUAUCAAUGAUGUUUAGUGCUGAAUUAGCAACAAAACGUCUCGCCAAUCACAGCAAAGUUCUCUACAACACCUUUUUAUUUCUUUCGUACUGCACAAUUAAUCCCAUACCCUUAGUGAUUAUCUCAAAAUUUGUUCUAGUCACCAUCAAAAGCGAUUUAUUAUUGGACGAAAUCAAAGCUGAAAUUUCUCGCUGCUCCUUGUUAUCUGAUGCCCACUCUUCGCCUGAAAAUGUAGAAAGCAUCAAGUUCCAUCAAGUAAUGAGCAAUGCUUUUGCUUGUUUCAGAGAAGAACGAAUCGCAACGGAAAGUAUAAGUCUAAAUGAGCAAAGAAAAGAAUACGUUUUCUUAUUGAAGUCCUUAUUCGAAACUCUUAAUGAAGCAAUUCCAGAUUACGACCAAAAUAGCGUUGCUCUUAAAAUCUUAAUAAGCCCCCAUUUAAAGAAGAUUGUGAAGUAUGGUGAAAGUCAAGGAUGCACGAAUUCCUUUGAAUACUCUGUUAUUAUAACUUUCCUCGCUGAUUCUCUUUAUCAUGUUUCGGGUGUUACUGAAUCUGAACGUCUAUUAUACUCAGAAAAUGCGUAUGAGAUUGCACAAAGUCUUCCUGAAGCAAUGAACAGUAUCGGGUAUUGCAAUGUACUGAAAACUCUCGGAUUCUAUUACCGAGAAGCAGGUCAUUUGGACAAAGCCGUGACAGUGUUGAACGAAGGAAUCAUCUUAGCAUUUAAGCAAGGACCUGACGAAUGGAUUGCAUUGAAAUCUUCGUUGAUGAAUAUCUUGUCGUGGACGUACAAGCUGCAAAGCAAAUACGACCUUGCCGAGGAUACAAUGAAGCAGUCGAUCGUCUUGGCAAAGAAAGCAUUUGGCGAAGAACAUGCAGAGAUAGUCAAGAGACUUUGUAAUCUUGCAAUUAUCUAUCGGGAGAUGCAAGAUAUAUCUCAGGCAAAGAGAACAGCUGACGAAGCGCUGCGGAUGGCGGAAAAUUCAAUCAAGGACGAAUGGAACUUGACGAAGGCACAAGCAGCUAAUUACUCAGCAAAAAUCUAUCUUCGUUACGCUGAAAUGACUAAAGAUGACAGCCAAAAAAAUGAGCUCCUUCUGGAUUCUCUAAAGUUACAUGAUAAAGCCUUAAAAAUCUACGAGAAAGUCUUGGGCGAGAAACAUAUUUAUAUAGCUGGAGUGUGCAUGACUUAUGGAAAUGCUUAUAAAGAGUUUGGAAACUGCAGUUUAGCACUUAAUAAUGUCCAGCGAGCGGAGGACAUUUUUCGAGAUGUUAAGAAUAUUAACUUAGGGGCAGCUUUACGUUACAAAACAGAAGUCCUUCUUACCCUUGGUAAAAUCAACGAAGCUGAAACAGCCAUAAAGGAAAGUAUUGAAAUUGAUAAUUGUGCCCAUGCAAGAUUCCUUUUGUCUGACGUGCUCCUUCAUCAGAAAAGAUACCAAGAGUGCAGAGAUAAAGUUGACGAAGUUCUUCAACGCUGGAAAUCUGGUGUUUUACCUCCAACUCAUUUUUGGGUUCAGAAUGCUGAGAAGAUAAAGAAACAGUGCGAUCGCGGUUUAUUUAUACAUAAAAUAACAAGAGUUCUGCCGUUUAUUGCAGUUUUCUUGCUGCCAAUCUUUCUAAGUAUUCUAUAUUUACUGUUGCUGUAAAUUAGUAUUAUUACUUUCAGUCCUAGAACAAGUUUUCAAAUGAAAACAAACAUAAAAUUUAGCAAGAAAGUAAAAACUAUAUUAACCAAUGAAUUUACCAUAAUAAAAUAAUCAAACAUUUUA